UGGGAAACGCGUUGUUACUGCGUAAACUUAAUUAGUCGCGUUAUCCAGGCCGAUCGAUCAUCGCGCUUAUUACCAACUGCUAUGAAUCGCCAUGGAUCCUUGUUUUCGAUAAAAUCGAUUGUUUAAAUUUCGUUCCAUUCGUGCGACGAACGAGGAAAUUCUUUCCGUCCGAGAAGAAAGGGAACGCAAGAAGGAAAGUGAUUUUCCACGCUCGAUUCUUUCUUUUCUAUCUGUCAGCACCCCUGUGGGUCGGGGGUUAGAAUUCGCCCACAGUAUCCCCUGCUUGUCGUAAGAGGCGACUAAAAGGGGUUGAUUAACGGAAAGACAGAGAAACGGUAUCUCGGAUGCAACAAUGUUAGAAAUCGCUUUCAACGCGGUGUUUCGAUGUCUUUUCGUUUGCGGUUGCAUACCGUAGCGAAGGAAAUGAAAAAGCAUAGAUCGGGCGCGAGGCAAGAAACGCUUUCGAUCGCGAGAGGGAAUCGAGUUGCUCGAUUAAAAUAAAGUGGCCAGGCCGCAACAGUUCGUGGCAAGGUGAAGUAAUAAUCGGUCGCGGUUUCGAAGAAUGGCCGCCGUGCCGUUUCGAAAAAUCGCGAGAUCGGCUGCAAUCGAUCGCGGCUAAAGUGAAAUGCAGCUCGCGGAGAUAGGCAGCAGAGUUCUCGCGAGUUUCGCGAUCGGCUGAAACACGUGGCAAGGAAUGAGGAAUAACGAGAGUACCAAGGGUCGGUCACUGACGUACCCGUAGAACCAGAAGCUCCGCUUUUGCUACCAGUCAAAGAGGUUACGAAUAUUAUAGACGAGCGAGCCUCGAGAAGCUCGCGUGACGUCGUUCAUAAGCGUCACAAUAAUUCAGCAUAAUAUUAUGCAAAAGUUACAAGAGACUCGCCUUUCUAUCGGCGAUCAAAAUGAUCACGUAUUCGCGCGAUUGCGCGAGAGCAGAUUGCAUCUAUAUCCGGCGAAUUGUACGACCGUUAUUUUAUUACGGCUUAUUGGAGAAAUUCUAGGUGUAAUAGUUUUAUCUCUGAUCCGUGGGAUAGAGCGGUAGCUUCGUAUCCGGUGGACGGCUGUCUGUAAGCGAGUUCUCGCGAAUCGAACGCUGCUUCGACAGGCGUUUCGAGGUCGCAGCGCAUUUAAUUGCGCGACGCUCGCCUUGUAUGCAAAACGAGCGUUCGCGGAAAAGCGAAUCGCGUGGGUGGAGCGGCAGUGUCGUGGACGUGUUCCCCGAAACGAGCACGUUACGAGAAUUCGCGACACGGCAAGCUAACAUCCGGCAUAACAGGCGGCUUUCUUUUCUUCCGGCGCGGCGAUACGGCGGAACAAUCGGCGAAAAGAACGAGGGGAGGAGAAAGAAAGGGUCGCUGAGAGAUAACGCGGACCUGAAAGAGAGGAGAACGCGAGAGGAUCUUGCGGAAUGGGAAUCGAAGGUGGGAGUGAGAGUUGGAGUGAGGAAUCGGUUGGGAGAGGCCAUAGGAAAACCGGUUGCCAAUCUGCGCGGACGUUGGACACCGUCGUCCAAGGGAGCUGGUGCAAAGACUAAAAAGACAGGGCCACUCCGGUUUUCAGCAAACCGAGCUAAGAAAUGACAAGAAAAAUAAUUAUGAGACGAUCGGGGGGAUGGACUGUCGUCGAGCCAGUCUGAAAUCGAAACGAUCUCAGUCCACGGGCUUUGUAAACGAAUCGAGUCAGGAUUCCAGAUCGGAAAUCCGAUUCUGGAGCUACUUAGAAAGUUUACAUGUCGGUCAAUCUUGCAGGAUAUUUUCUAGCAUAGAGAAGAAUUAAUAAUUUUCCCCAUUUUGUUCAGUCAUCUAAACUUCAACGUUUUACGACGCGUUUGAGAUUGGUUUUUCUUUAAAAAUGUCCUCUCCUCGAUGGACAAUCUGUACAGUUACUGUGUCGUGUGUUGGGAGAGACGAUCACCGGAGAGGAUCGUGAUCUUUGACACGAAAUCCUUUACGUCAGCCAAGCAUGAAUGGUAAUCCGUUGAUGGAAGAAACGGGCUAUCCAUUCUUCGUCGCAUCUUUAACGAUCCACGGCACACCAUCGGCUAUGUUAUUUCCUCGUAAACCUUAUCCACCGUGAACACUUUUUCCACCAGCAACCAGCCAUUAGAACAUUGAAACUUUGAAGAUUCUUUCCAACGCUCGAACUUCUGCGAAGCGAUUUACAUAAUUAGCCUAAAGUUGCAUCGACAAGAAAGCAUCAUCGCGAAUUAACGAGCCAUCAGAAGUCCUCGAAGGCUCAUCAGAGGAGACGAUAAAUUGAAUUUCUACCCAAAUGGAGGGUAGAAGAUUUAUUUCGCUUUCAAAUCGUUCCGGUGGGAAUAUAAAGGAUGGUCUGUUCGCGAAAGCGACACGAAAAGGCUUACCCUGGUGGGCGAUAGCAUGGCUGACCUCUUCCCCUGUUGAAUUUCAGCCUCUCUUUAGUUCACGCGGCUGUUUGCCCGGCCAAAUAUGGCGGAUACCGGUCGAACCACUCGGCGUACACGCGUGUCACCGUGGGCUGCGAGGGCACGCGUGCCUGUGCGUGUGGAGACGAAGAACAGACAGCAGCACCCACGGGCGAAUUCCUGACGUCCGACGAUCGCGAUCGUCCCACCAUCUCGCCGUAUAAGCUUCUUUCUCGAAGAAGAAGACGUUGGUCGUGAAAAUUGUCCACCGGUACCUGGCCUCCAUUUUAGGAGGUCGACGUCUUUUUACGGCCACGAUCGUCACUGGUACGUGUCGAUUGACACGUAAACAACACGUUGAACUCUUCUGUCAGGUAGAAGAGUGGACGAGGAUGAUGAGUCGUAGGCGAGGUUCGGUAGUUCAGCUUCAAGGAUUUCCACCUACCGGAUUUACGCAUCUGGUGCGAUCGAUUUCUCACGCGGACUGCUCCACAUCCACGCAAAAAGGGGUAACAUCGCGCGAGGACACGCCUACGUUCGAGCUUCCUGUUCGACCGAUAUCCUGGGAUGCGAUGCGUUCAAUUACCAGCUCGAGGAUUAACCGGCUCUGCCCUUCUCCAAUCGUACGUCUGCUGUAUGUACAGUUAACGUUACGACAGACGAAGGAUGGAUUACGAAUGCCCAUUGCGUACUCUUCAUCGUCAUUGUCGUCAUCGUCAUUGCACCGGAUUUCCACCUUUUCGAUGCGUUACGUGUCUUACAAGGAAACCGACGUCGAAUGCGCUAUUUGUCAUCGGAAGAUUGAUCGUUUCCACGAUUCCACUCAGGAAGAAUCUAUGCAACAAACAGGAAGGAAUUUCCUUGGAUGCCGAUAUCCUUGAUCUAUGACAGGGUAAUCGAAAUCGGUGGAACAGAGAGCAGGUUACGGCACUAUAACGCGUAAUUACGAGCUUCUGCUCCUCUUUUAACACUCGGUUAGUAAUGACCUGGAAUUACUGUAAUGCCAAGGAACGUACGUUACGGCAAUUUACAUCGAUUCCUCUCUGUUCCCCGUGGCUUUACGAGACAGUUGGCGAAAAGAUAGCGCGAUAGGUGUAAAGGAGAAAGAAAGCGGAAAUGGAGAACGGUCGAUGAGGGAACACGAUGUAAAUUCGAGGUAAAAACAUUAUCGACGGUGAAAAGGAUCGCGUUGAAAACGAACGGAAGAAACGUGAGAAACGAAGGGACGGGAUGAAAAGCAAGGGUCACGGACCUCCUCGAAGAUCUAUGGAUUUGCUUCGGUAUCGCGGCGUUAUCCGAUGCAGUAAUCUCGAAACGAAACAAAGAUCGUCACGAAGAUCCUAGCCGCUGAACCAAAGGGAAUUAGAAUCGCUUCGAAAAAUGAUGGAGGGGUAAGGGUGGAGCAUCGCGAUCGCGAAAAUGGCGCGAUGGAAUUGCGAAUUGGUAAAACGAGAUGGAAAGGGAGAGGCGUAAGGUCGCAGGGCGGGAACAGGUCGGCAUCGAGCUCUUGGUAAACUUCCUGAGAUCUUAAUCUCCGUGAAGCGAGCAUAGGCGCAGAGGGACGAGAGGGAAAGUGGGAGAGAAGAGGAAGCGAAGGGAAAAGUAGAGAGCGGAGGAACGGAAUUCUCAGAGGCAGGAUGGUGCGUGCUUCGCGGAUUUAAUGGCGGAAAAGAGGAAACUCGGAUAAGGAUUGCGAGGAUCUUGUAGCUCGUAGCAACGUUCACGGAACGAACACGAUCACUCUCGAACGAAACGAUUACUCGAUAACGAAAACGGCUGUCCAUCGACGGCAUAAAUUACAAAGACAAUGGUCGGAUGCCAUUGUCGAAAAAACUGCGCUCUGCUCGUUGACGUUGAAAAAGCGAAACAGGAAAUCGUCCACGCAUCUGACAGCGGGCUAAAUGAAUGAUACGGUGGACGGGAAGAAAAGGAUCUGUCGCGGUAACCAUCGUGUAAGGAGGACGGUGCGGAUCGAAAUGCGAAAAGAAGAGCUACCAGAGGGAAGAGAGAAAAAAAAAGGAAGAAACACGAACGAUUCUCGGCAUGGCAGUGGUCGGGGACCGAGGCUCUUUGAAUCUGCUAGCCGAGAAAGAACGAGUCGCGAAGGCUUCGAGGUGCAAAGCAAGGUGAGAUGUUCCGAGCAAUGGAUGGAGGUCGACAUCGUGAGGAGUAGUCCGCAGGCGAGGAUAUAUCUGCAGCAGAUGAAAGACUUUCCAGACGAAGCUUGCAAACCGCAACUGAACAAUGGCGUCGCCACUUUUCGAUUACCUCUUCUGGAACAAGACAUGUUACGAUGCGGUAUCACCAGGGUCGUUAACAAAGUCACGGGUCAAAAGGUGUACUUUCAUCGUAUAAUAGUGGAGGAGCCAGCGGAUUCCAGUAAACACACGUUCACGGUAAAGUGUGUUAUCACCGAGGUGGUUGUGAAACCUGGAAUUUCGAUCGUCGCCAAUCAUACCGCGGUUCGACGAAGCGUCCUUCCAGCAGGAUUUCAGGAACCCGACGUGAUCGACAUCAGGGAUGAAAUCUCCGAGUCGGCACCGGUACCGAUUUUGGGAGUCGGUGUCAGACAAGGAGGAAAUCUGGUCACCGGAGAAUUAAACGUCAGUCCAGGAACACCUUUGCAAAUGGAAAUCUUUCUGGACAAUGGAUCCGCGCCAGUGUACGGAUUACUGGUUACCUACAUGUUGGUCACCGACACUAAAUCUCAGGAAGAAACUAUAAUCAUUAACGGCUGCUCCGUGGAUCCGUAUCUCUUCGAGAACUUCAACACGGUGGACGGCGACUUCCUGACGGCGAAAUUCCGUGCUUUCAAAUUCCCGGAAAGCACUUACGUUCAGUUUCGCGGUACCGUUAACGUCUGUUUGGACAAGUGCCAAGGGAUCGAGUGCAGCAACAAUCAAAUAGGAUUUGGGAGGAAAAGAAGAGCCAUAAACGUGUCGAAUACCGAUAAGAACAAAUUGUUCGAAGUGACAAUGUCCGCUUUGAUCAAAGUCGAUUUCGAAGAGGACGCUGUGGUGGACAAAGCCUUGUCUGAAAUGUACAUCAGAAGAGGAAAGAACAGGACGAAAGCGAGAGCUGUUAUCGCCGAAGAAGUCCGAGAACAACCGGCUCCGACGACCAUCAGGACCGAAGAGAGAGCUUUCAUAGCGCAAGAAGUCAAAGAACAUUUCAAGUACAAGCUUACAGAGACGGAGACGAGUGGUUCGUCGUGUAGAACGGUGACCUUAUCCCUUCUUUUCCUCCUCCUCUGCCUCCGCAAUUUUCUGUAAGUUUCAGGAGGAACGGUCCAGGAGCUGACAAACGAUCGCUAAUUGUAAAUAGAACGCAGAGCUUGAGAAGCCGGGGAAAUUCGGGACGCAAGGAGAAGAAUCGGCCGAAUUUCUCGCCGGAAGUUAGUAUAAUUCUUACUCUGUUUACUUAAAAAGAAACGGUGACUAUCGAACACCUUAACGUCAUCCACUUUGUGUGAUAUCACGACAUGACCGACUGCCUCUUUCGCUUAACAUUGUUCGAAGCUUUCUUAAAAAGUUUCGAACAAUGUUAACUUCCAAGCCUCGAUAAUGUCAGUGGAGUUUUUUAAAAAAUACAAGAAAGAUCAAUUUUGCAAAGAGAGAUGGCUCGUGAGAUUUCUCCGCUCUGCGACCGCCAGAUUUUCACUCGUUCCCUUUCUUUUAUCUCUAUUCCGUAUCAUUUUUCGUACUAUUACGCCCCUUAGUUGUAAUGCUCGCGAAUAACUAUACAAUAUAACAGAGCCGUUAUGCUGCCAGAAGAAAAUUGGCCUUUGCGAGCGGAGAAUACCGAAGAGACCUAGUCGCGCGACGAGGUGUAACAAUGCUAUGUGACUUAAGCAACUUAGACAAUUACGAGGUAAUUAAUCGCUGCUACGAUCCCAAUAUAAUUAUAACGGAACGCGCAAGUGUAAAAUAACUCUUAAUAAAGCGACAACGAACGCGUGGAGGACGCGUACUAAUUACUCCGCCUCUGUGAAGAGGUAUCUUAAUUUUAUAAUCGCCUAUGGAGAGAAAGAAAGAAAGAAGGUUAAUAAAGAAAAUGCAUAGAAACGUACACGAUAUGCAUACA